CCUAGUGUAAAGUUCAAGUUUAUUGGAAAUACAGCAGCAGACGAUAAACCCAGCAGCCAAGUCAUGAAUAAGCCUCGAAGGCCACCCACAGUCCCGAGGAACGUGAAGCCCCACCCAGUGGAAAAGGGCCCACCUCCAGACCCUUCUUUAAUUUCAAAAUUUAAAAGAAGUGAUCCGGCUAAAUUGAAAUUUGAUGAGAAUGAAGUCGGUCCUAACCCGACCGAUUUGGAGAUGAUCGUAACUGGUAAUACGCUUCCCCAGCUCGUCCAGCUCCUGGAAGAUUUUGAUAUCGAUGGGAACCGCGUCAGUUUGAAAGCAGGAGAUAUUCUGAUGCUUCACAUGAUAGUAGAAAAAGAUGUUGUUCACGCUAUAGAUGACAAUGGACUGCAUUUUUAUCUUCCAAUUCAGGCCGAGCAAGUGUACGAAAGGUUAACACUGGACCCUAGAGUUGACGACCGGUUGUACAUAGGUGUCGAGGCCCUGUUAAAAGCUGAUAUCUUACCCCCGAUGGUCCGUGUCAUCGAAAACUAUUACUCAGCUGAUCCAACAGAAUGUGUUGAUGAAGAAGAUGUGUUGGAGUUGUAUCGUGUUGACGUCGCGCCAGACGAUAUGCGACACAGAGGACGUAUGUGCGUUUACGGAAAAAACCAACAAAACUACGACCUUUACUUACAUCAAGGAAUGUCGACAGCACACUUCACAACAAAAAUCAGUGCCCACCUUCACCCGAUGACAGAAUUGGUAGAGCUUUCGUUCCCUCAAAACGGUAAGAAAUCCGUGAAAGAAGCUGCAGAAAUCAACGAAACGGAAAUCAAACGGCAAAUAACAGACCUAAAGAAUGAAGUGGACAUGUGGAAAAAUCUGUACAACGCUGUGAAAACGAUUACUCCAGAACGACCGGAUCGUCCUGACAAACCUCCACCAGAACGGCCGCCGAAACCAGGGCAAAAGCCAACAACACCCACACCAGACAAAGAACCAGUUUCUUCUCCUAAACUGCCUAACAAAACAGAUUAUGUGAAGAGUAUUGGAAAAUUAACAUCAAAAAAAUUACUUAAUAAAGUAACUUCAUUUAGCCACAAAACAAGCAAAGAGCCGAAAAUGCUUAAAACACCGGAAAUACCGGCAAAACCGGCCAAAUCACCUACAUCACCCAAGCCACCAGACCCAGAUACAAGCUACGAACAACCUAUGGAAACUACCAAAAACCAUUAUGAACUACAGGAUGAUGAUGAUGAUGAUGAUGAUGAUGAUGAUGAAUAUGAUUACAUUCCUGGUUCAGAAGGUGACAGUGGUUCUAAUAAACAGCAAUCCUGGAAAAAGAAGUAUGAAUCCCAGCAGCAAAUGAUCGAAACAUUUAGAAAACAGGAAGCAAGUUUAAAAAAGGAGUUACGGGAAGCGAAGAAUAAAAAUGACGAAUAUGUUCACAAGAUACAUACUCUUCAACGAGAAAUCGAGUCAAUAAUGAACAAUGGAGAGGAUAUAUACGACACAAUUAACGAGCGACCAUUACCUCCAACUCCAAAUAUCAUGCAGCAUAUCUACAACAGCCCCUCGGAAGGUGCCUCCCGGGGCAUGAAGAUUUCAACAAAAGAGCUCCAGAGUUACACAGUGGCCGGAGUCGAGAGGUUCAUGAAAGAGAUUGGCCUUGAGAAAUACGCAUUAGCAUUCCGAAAGGAGGAAAUAGACGGGCCUCUACUGCUUGCGUUGGACGAAUCAAUGCUUACAGAACUUGGAAUGUCAACUUUAGAUGCAAGAAAACUUUUUGUUAGGAUAGGGAAAGUGACGACGGGUCAGUAAAACUAUUUAACAAAGUUGGAAGUUGAAAAUUGUUACUGUGACAUUCUCUAUUGCUCGACCUAACAAUUGUGGGCUACUCGUCAGCAUUGGUUAAAAACGAAACCACCAUUCAGUUAAACGUUUUGGUAGUUUGAACACGCACUAAUAAUGAUGUUCAGAAAUCGAUAGUUAUAAUUCCAUAGGCCUAAUGUAUUAGUAAAUAUCAAUUUUCUAAUAUUUCUCGAAAAAAAGCAAACAAACAAAUCGGCCUAUAUAUAUAUAUAUAUAUAUACGUUUGGCACAGGCCCAUAGUAAUUGUUACCAGUACUAAUUUUGAAAGUCGUAGAGUAGACCUACAGUUUGGAAAUCUAAGUUUUUCAUCUAAACUACAGGGAUACUUUUAGUACCGUACUACUGUAACCUCAUACAUCCAGAUAAAAGUCCUACAAGUAUAUUACUUAUAAAAUAUUAAAAAUGCAGUAGAACUUCUAUUAAGGAGACACCUUCGGGACUGAAACAAGUGUCCCCUUAUUAGUAGUGUCCCCUGAAUAUUGGUACCCCUAUUCAGGACCAAAAGUACGAAAUUUUCCCCUUAAUAGGGGUUUUUGACAUUUUCUCUUGCAACGAUGACAUACACUCUUUAUAAUUUUAUUUUUAUUGGCAUAAGAAUCAGUUACAGUAGAAUUAAAACUAAUUUAUAGCAAUAAUUUGCAAUGCAAAUACAAUUAAUUUAUAAUAUGAAAUCAGCAGAAAU